AUGGCCGGCGGCGAUAAUCAUAUUUGUGGUUCCGCAAUGACGGCGGAAGCCGUACCGGCUUUCCAGCAGGAGUUUCUUUUCGAGAUGAUUGAUCAGGCGGUUGAAAAAAAUGAGACCGAAGAUUUUCUCGGCGAUGAUGAGCAAAGAGAUGUCUUGGUGUUUGUUGCAGAUUUGACGAUUCCCUUUGCGCUUAUAAAGAUGGACGAUUUGGUCGUCCUUGAAGCUCAGCGAGACUUCUUCUUAAUGCCACGCCUCCUGGAUGAGCGUCGUCAGGUGUUUGGCAAGCUGGGACCACCAUGCAUGUGGAUCAUUGCAAGGAUCGCGUAG